AUGGGAAAGGCUGGCCCUGCUCAUGAGCACCGUGGCACGUGUGUUCCUAAUCAUAUUCCUAUUAAAGAUUUUAAAGACUGGUUUGAUACGAAUAAUAUGAUGGAGAUUCCUACCAGUGAACUUGCGGAAGAUUCAAGACCAGAUAAAAAAUUGCUGUUACUCUCCGUUUUACGUGAUAAAGAAAAAGCUGCUCCAUUGGAGUUAGAAACUGUCCUGAAACAGGAGGAAAUGUUUUGGGCGGAGAAGACAAAUAUGGAGUGGUUUCGUGAUGGAGACCACAUCACUGAGUAUUUCCACAUAAUAGCUAAAGUCAAAAGAUCCAGAAAUACCAUUUCGCUGCUCAUGAAUGGGGAUCAGGUUCGACGUCAGAUCUGUCCUAUGUUGACGAGGAGCAACGGGGGCUUCAUUCAAGGUAUAAACAUUAGAGACUGCAUUUGUCUUGCAUCGGAAGCCAUAAAUGUUCUGGAUAACAAUAGAAAAGGUGGAAAUAUUGCCAUGAAAGUUGAUAUCUCGAAUGCGUUUGUCACCAUCAGUUGGGAUUUAAUUCUUAAAGUCCUUUGUAGUUUUGGUUUCUGCAUCACCUUCUGUAAUUGGAUUAGAGCCAUCCUUUCUUCUGCUUUUCUCUCGAUCAUUUUCAACGCUGUUUCUAAAGAGGAGAUUGAUCUGAUCAAAGCCUCUAGACAUAAUUUGGUGCCAUCUCAUGUCAUUUAUGUGGAUGACAUCAUGUUAUUCUGCACAGGGAAGCUCUCGAAUAUCAAGAUUUUGGAUCAGACUUUCCUUGGAGCAAAGCGAUUUGGCAUGCUAAUAUCCCCCCAGCAGAUCCAUUAUCGUUUGGAAAAUGAAUCACCAGAAGAUUCCUACAGACGAUUUUCUUAUGGAUAUAGGUGUUCAGAUAGCCUCCCGCUGUUCUCUUUGUGGCGAGGAGACCGAAACCUUUCGUCACCUCAUCUCCAGUUGCAAGUUCUCGGGGCGGUAUUGGAAGUGGCUAAUGAUUAA